AUGGCUGAUCAGAUCUUCCGGAGAAGAGCCAGAGCUCAACAGGUCGACACGUUUAAUAAUGUAGUGCUCAAUAUUGGUAUAACAGGGGAGACUGGAGCAGGGAAGUCCUCUUUUGUGAAUGCCAUCAGAGGUCCUAGGGUUAAUGAAGUUCGAGCUGCAAAAACUGGAGUCACACAAACAACCAUGUAUCCCACCGCUUACUACGACCCAUCCAAGCCUAACAUAAUUAUCUGGGACCUGCCAGGAAUUGGGGACAAUACAUUCAAAGCAAGCACCUAUCUGAAAGAUGUAAAAUUCAAAAAGUAUGACUUCUUCAUCAUAGUGAGUGCAGGGAGAUUCAAGGAGAAUGACAUCAUGCUGGCAAAGGAAAUCCAGAAAAAGAAGAAGAAGUUCUACUUUGUUCGCUCAAAGAUUGACUUGGAUGUAAAGCACGGAAAGGAGAAGGGUGUAACAGAGGAACAUAUCCUUCAGACAAUACGGGAAGACUGUGAAAAGAAUCUCAGGAAAAUUGAAUCUUCUGCUCCUGUCUUUCUCGUUGCAUCCCGUGACUGGAACAGGUUUGACUUCCAGGAACUCGUAGAGGCUCUGGAGAGAGACCUUCCAGGAUACAAGAGACCUGCUCUUGUUCUGAAUGUGCAGUAG